AAAAAGUCAAAAUCCCCUCAAUCAAACAAAAACAGGUUUCUCUUCUCUUCUUUUUUCUGAAACCUGUCAUUCCCUCUGCCAAUUUCUUCCAUCAACCCUUCUUUCACAUAUAUAUACAGUGAAAAACAUUCCUUUAAUUUAACAUGAAUCAGAAAUCACGCGUUUCCAAACAACUCAAUGAAAAACAUCGACAGAUUCUCGAGGGGUUACUUAGAUUACCAGAAAAUCGGGAAUGUGCUGACUGCAAAAGCAAGGGUCCAAGAUGGGCGAGUGUGAAUCUCGGAAUUUUUAUAUGUAUGCAGUGUUCUGGGGUUCAUAGAAGUCUUGGAGUACAUAUAUCAAAGGUACGAUCUGCUACACUUGAUACAUGGCUGCCAGAUCAGAUUGCAUUUAUACAAAACAUGGGAAAUGAUAAGUCAAAUAGCUAUUGGGAAGCUGAGUUGCCUCAUAACUACAAGAGAGUAGGGAUUGAGAAUUUCAUUCCUGCAAAAUAUGUAGAUAAGAGAUGGAUUUCCCGAGAGAGGAAAGCUGAACCUCAAUCUACAAUACGAGCAGAGCUUGUUUCAGUAAUGAAACCUGCACCGACCGUCAGUGCUGCAACUAUGGCUGUCAUCCCUUUACCUCAGCUAAAACAAGACCCUCAUCUUCACAAUUUGAACAAACGAGUAACUCCUCUCCCCCCUGCAGUUCAUGAGCAGCAGAUUAUUGUUCGACCAAAACAAUCCGACUCGGAAUUAGAGAAAGGGGAACCUAAAAUUGCUGAUAUUGUACCGGACCGGAAGGUUGAUGACUAUCAUGCCACUGAUCUUUUUGAUCUCCCAGAAGCAAGAAGCCAAACAUUUGCUCCAAUGGUACCAGUGUCAGAAGACAACAACGCCAAGAAAUCAAGUAACAAUGUGCAACCAAAAUACGAAUUUGAGGAUCUUUUUGAUGGAUUAAAUUGGGUCACCUCGGCUCCAACCCAAGAACCAUGUAAACAAGUAAAAGCUGACAUCAUGAAACUUUCCGAGAAGUCUACUAUGGUGCCACCACUUCCAGUUCAGCAAGGAGUAGCUCAAACUCAACAACAAUCUAAGUCCAUUGGUAGUCAUCAAAAUCAACUAGUAAUUCAUAAGCAGCAACAAUCUAAGCCCAUGGGUGAUCAUCAAAGUCAACAACAAUCUCGGCUCAUGGGUAAUCCUCAGAAUCAACAACCAGUAGUACAUAUGCAACAACCACCGAAGUUCAUGGGUAAUCAACAAGUAGUACAUACUCAACAACUACCGAAGCUCAAUCAUCAAAGUCAACAACAAUCUCGGCUCAUGGGUAAUCCUCAGAAUCAACAACCAGUAGUACAUAUGCAACAACCACCGAAGUUCAUGGGUAAUCAACUAGUACAUACUCAACAACUACUGAAGCUCAAUCAUCAAAGUCAACAACAAUCUCGGCUCAUGGGUAAUCCUCAGAAUCAACAACCAGUAGUACAUAUGCAACAACCUCCGAAGUUCAUGGGUAAUCAACAAGUAGUACAUACUCAACAACUACCGAAGCUCAAUCAUCAAAGUCAACUGCAAGCACUUCAUACUCAGCAACAAUCUAAGCUCGUGGGUAACCAUCAAAAUGGUGUAAAUGGUUUCCACCGACCUAUUGGGAGUCCUGGUGUUUACACAGCCUCCAGUAUGUAUGGUGCAAGUCGAGUUUCUCCUAACAUGAAACCUAUAGGAGCAACUAGACCGUCCAUGGGACUAGUAAGCAUCCCAACUCAGUUAGGAGGCGAAUACGACUUCUCAUCAUUAACGCAAGGGAUGUUUACCAAGCGAUAAGUCGUAUUUGAGUCUAUGAUUUCCGGUGACAAUGUUCAUAAUAUCAUUUAGAAGUAGAACUUUAUAGUAAAUUUAAUCAUUGCUGGAGUUGUAUAUUUGAGACCUAGAUUAGCUUUUCUAUUCAUUUAUAUUAUCAUUGAUUUGUUCUGUUAAAGCGAAAUAAUGAAACAUAUUUCAUCUCAUUAAAAGAAAUAUAAAUUUAGAGAACUUUACUUCAGAA